AUGUUUAGGAUAGCUCAGUUAUUACUCCACCAGUUAGUGUUAUUGCUCACAAUCUCAGUACUGCCAGCCACCAGCAAUACAUCCAACAACACCGAUUCAAAUACAAACGAGGACGGCUACUAUUACUACUAUUACUACUAUUCCCUGGCUGGAGAUGUGCCGAAUUCCAAAAACUUUUGUCGUUCAAAUAAAUGCGGUUGUUACGUCAGAGUGACGUCACGUAAGUACGUCAUCUGUGAUAAUUUUGGUUGGUUGAAAUCGCUACCGAGUUCUCUCAACCUACCGGAUUACGCAGAUGUUUUUACAGUCGGUGUGAAUUCGGCUCUCGAUGUUGUGGAUAUCGGUAUAUUCGUCAAUUCGUCCAUCACCAAUUUAUUUUUACAAAAUUUACAGAUUAAAAAUUUAACGUUUAACAGUAGUAACGCAAAAAUAGUUAAUGAUAAGCUUCGAAAUGUAUAUUUAGAUGGAAAUAAAAUAAAAAGUAUUCGAUUCGAUUCAUUUCGGAAUGCAUACAACAUCGAAUACAUCGGACUAUCAAAUAAUUUGAUUGAGAAUAUCGACUCAUUGGCAUUUGCCGAGCUUGCGAACUUGCGAUUUUUGUAUCUGCAAAACAAUCGCAUAAGAUCGAUCUCAAAUGAAACGGUUAAUAAAAAUAUAUACUUAAUAUCGCUAUCUUUAAAUGGUAAUCUAAUAUCAAACAUAGAACCAAACUCAUUUUAUUCACAACAGUACUUGACUCGACUAGAUUUAAGCAAUAAUCUUCUUACCCGAAUACCGACCGAUUUGUUCAUCAAUCUAAAUUACUUACAGUACCUCAGUUUAGCUGGUAACAAGCUAUCCGAUCGACUUGAAAAUACAUUUUUAGGGCUGAAUUCUUUGAAGCAAUUAGACUUAUCAAAAAAUUUGUUACAAUCUAUUGAAAAAAACGUUUUUAAUGGGUUGAACAUGCUCGAUACUUUGAUUCUAUCUGGUAAUCGAUUGGCUGGCAUCGGUACGAGUUCAUUUGAGAAUCUUAUAAGCCUCAACCGGUUAGAAUACUUGGAUCUAUCUAACAAUCGCAUAACUACCAUAGACAGAAAAACUUUUUCACAGGGUGUCAAUUUAAAAACCUUUCGACUGGACAACAACCGAAUAGCAAAUAUCGAUCCACACUCAUUCGAAGAUCUACAGUUAAUAGAAUCCAUCUAUUUAAACAACAACAAACUGACAACAAUAUCAAAUCAAACCUUCCACAAUUUACUAAAUUUAUUAUAUGUGGAUCUUAGUGAUAACAUGAUUAACUUUACAGAUACAAACGCCUUUGAUAGAGUGGAUAAACUAACCAUGAUUAAACUGAAUAACAAUCGAUUCGUCCAUAUAUCAAGUUUCGGUCGGUUAAUCGGUCUGCAGAGUUUAGACUUGAGAGAUAACAGUAUCGGUUCUGUGCAAAGUGAAGUCUUUUAUAAUAUGAGCAACUUGAAAGUUCUAGAUCUUUCGAGAAAUAAUGACAAUUUAAAUAAUGAUAAAAAUACGUUUUUGUCACGGAACUCUUUCGCAUACUUAACUGUUCUUAAAUCAUUAAAUCUUCAGUAUAAUAACAUUACCGAAUUAACCGGUGCAUUCGGUUCGACCGACUUAAACCAGCUAGAAUUGUUAAAUUUGAGUUACAACGAUAUCCGACAACUAGAUAAUAGUACAUUCCUUCUUGCCAUCAACAUCAUAACGCUUGAUAUUUCUCACAAUCGGAUCUCCAGAAUCGAGACAGGAACGUUUGCUCGGUUACAAAAACUGUCGGUUCUCAACUUGGCCGAUAAUUUGUUGAAUGCUUUUGAAGUGCCGAUCUUACCCUCGCUGCAACAACUUCUAAUUAACAACAACAAAUUUUGUUGCAGUUGCCAAUUACCGACGUUA